GCCCCGUCUGGCUGGAUAACCUGCGCUGCGCUGGCACCGAGCGCUCCCUGGCCGAGUGCCACUCCAACGGCUGGGGCGUGAGUGACUGCCACCACGGAGAGGACGCCGGCGUCGUGUGCUCGGCCCGGCACCCGCCCGGCCCUCGUGCCCCGGGCCCAGCCCCCGGCCUGCAGGGAAGGAAGCUGGAAGAGGUGCGGCUCAAGCCAGUCCUGGCCUGGGCGAAGCUGAGCGUGCCCGUCAGCGAGGGCGUGGUGGAGGUGAAGCACGAGGGGCGCUGGAGGCAGGUGUGCGACGCCGGCUGGACCAGGAACAACAGCCGCGUGGUGUGCGGGAUGCUGGGGUUCCCCCGGGAGAAGCGGCUCAACACCGGCUUCUACAGGAAGCUCUGGAACCUGAAGUUGAAGGAUCCCAAGUCCAGCCUGCGGAGCCUGAGCCAGAAGAACGCGUUCUGGAUCCACCGGGUCGGCUGCCUGGGCACGGAGCCCCACCUGUCCCACUGCCCGGUGCAGGUGUCCCCUGCCGCCCGGCGCCAGCCCGCCUGUGCCCACGGCAUGCACGCCGUCGUCAGCUGCGUCCCGGGCGCCGAGUUCCAGACAGCCAAGCCCAAGCCCAAGCCGUUCCGCAAGGGCCUGCGGGCAGAGGGGCCCCGGGUGCGUCUCCGGGCUGGCGCCCAGGUGGGCGAGGGCCGGGUGGAGGUGCUGCAGCACGGCCAGUGGGGCACCGUGUGCGACGAGAAGUGGGACCUGCUCGCAGCCAGCGUGGUGUGUCGGCAGCUGGGCUACGGGACGGCCAGGCAGGCCCUGGCGGGGGCCCAGCUGGGCCAGG